AUGAAUGCGACCAAACCAGAAAUACUGGUGGCAAGAAGCCAAUCUGACAUAUUGCUAAAAGAACCAGAUUAUUUUCUUGAAUCGGCAGGAUUCCCAUUCAAUGCUUUAUUGGAGUACAAUAUUACUUUCGAAAAUAAUACAUUCAAUGUCAGCGUUGAUUUGGAAGAGCCGUGGAAUGAUUACGUAAAACUUCUCCGUGACCGCGCAGUUUUGGUUUCCUUUUUGCUGCUCUUCUCCUUGACCACUGUAUUUGGGAACAUGCUAGUCAUACUCGCAGUUGUAAGAGAACGAUAUCUACACACAUCUACAAACUAUUUCGUGACGUCACUUGCAGUGGCUGAUUGUCUUGUCGGAUUAGUGGUGAUGCCUUUUUCUGCCCUCUACGAAGUUUUGGAGCAUACUUGGUUUUUUGGUGUUGAUUGGUGUGACGUAUGGAGAUCUCUGGAUGUAUUAUUUAGUACAGCGUCCAUUCUCAAUCUUUGUGUUAUAUCAUUAGACCGGUACUGGGCUAUAACGGAUCCAAUUACAUAUCCGAUGAGGAUGAGUGGACGUAAAGCAGCGUUUCUCAUAGCAGCCGUCUGGGUGUGUUCGGGUGCUAUAUCAUUUCCAGCCAUCGCUUGGUGGCGAGCAGUACGUAUGGAAGAGGUCCCAGAUUACAAGUGUCCAUUUACGGAGAACUUAGAAUACAUUAUAUUCUCUUCCACGAUAUCAUUUUAUUUACCUUUAUUUGUUAUGGUGUUCACAUAUUAUCGUAUAUAUCGUGCCGCGACAAUACAGACAAGGUCAUUAAAAAUCGGGACUAAACAAGUGAUGAGACCAAGUGGUGAGUUAGAAUUAACGUUACGUAUCCACAGGGGUGGUACAGUGCGUAAAAGAAACGAAGUGUGUCAUGGUGCGUGCACUCCUGAGGAGGCCGAUCAGGAACCGUUGACUGCAUUGCAAAACAAUGGACUUUCUCGUUCCUCAACACGGCUUACGAAUGUAACGCAUAACAAACAUUUGCCAAAAAACUUUUCUCUUUCGCGUAAGCUCGCGAAGUUUGCAAAAGAAAAAAAAGCAGCAAAAACACUUGGUAUCGUAAUGGGUGUGUUCAUAGUGUGUUGGUUACCAUUUUUUGUCGUGAAUCUCCUAUCGGGGAUAUGUUCGUCGUGCAUCACACACGAGGAAAUUGUCAACGUCAUAGUGACGUGGCUGGGAUGGGUUAACUCGUCGAUGAACCCAGUAAUUUACGCCUGCUGGAGUAGAGAUUUUAGAAGGGCUUUUCUCAGAAUUAUAUGCGUAUGCUGCCCGAGGAAGUUGCGACGAAAAUACCAGCCACAACUCAGAUUCAAGCAAUCGCAGUAUCCAGUGUCAACGAUGAUGUAUUCAUCGGUGACACAGCACGAGAUGUGUCGGUUGUGACAUCAGGCGCGUGCAGGGACCUGUCGCCAGCCUCGGUCGCGCUGUUCUUGAU